AUAGCCUUACACAUGUAUGUUUCUGUAUAUUGAGACCCUCUCAUCAUUGAGAUCGAAGCUCAGUGUGGUAUUGCAGAGUCGCCAUCUCGGUCGUGCCUCAGCGUCGAACGUAACUCCUUGAGCAGUGAAGACAUCAACAAAAAUGAAGACAUCAUCGAAAUCGAUGAUUCCAGACUGGACUCAGCUUCCUCAAGAGCUACUUCACAUCAUCAAGGAGAAACUAGAGAACUGUUUCGAUGUUGUUCAUGCUCGCUCUGUUUGCACCUCGUGGCGAUCCACAUUUCCCUUUCCAGCUUCCCUACUACGCCAAAGUUACUCCCUUCCCCUUUAUCCUAUUGAAAUGGAAAGCUUGUGCUCCCUCGAGAAGAUCCCUUUUUUCCUCUGUAGAGUCCCAACUGCUGCUGAGUCGGCUUCUGAGUAUUUUUUGGGAGGAAUAUGCCGAGAUGAGUCAGAGGAUUAUUCACAGUUCCCAUCUCCUCCUCAGUGCUCACUGAGAUUGAAGUUACCAGGAUCUAAUCCAACAUUGAAGAACAUGCUUGACUGCCAGAUCUUCUCUGUAGGUCAUCAUUACAGAAUGAUUUGUUGGCAUCAAGGGUUGAGGAUAACUUUCAAAGAUGUGGCUUUUCUUCCGCUAAACAAGGAGGGAGGAGCAGAAUUCGUUGUGAUCCGCAGCUACUCAAGAACUUUGGUGGUGUUCACAAGUGUUGAAAAGAGGUGGUUGCAACUCAAAGACGUCCCAGAUACUACAUGCUUGGACUUAGUAGCUUUUAGAGGCAGGUUUUAUGCAGCAUUUAGGAACAAGGACGUUUUUGUUAUUGAUCCUUAUUUGCUAAAAGCAACUCGCCUAAUGCCCUCAGAGCAUCUGAACGGAUUCUUUCAUGUAAUUCCAUCAGGCGAUGAUGAACUUUUCCUGGUUGAGAAAUUUCUGAGUACCACCCCUCAUGCUGCUGGGUUAAAAUGUAGAGUGCGUAGGCUAGAUGAGGAGGCUGGUAAAUGGGUCAAGGUCACUGACUUGGGAGACCGUGUGUUGUUUGCUGGAUACGGUGCAAAUAAUUCAUGCUCGACGAAGCAGCUUCCUGAUGGUUGUGGUUUGAGCAGGAACUCAAUUUUUUUCACCGAGCGGCCAGGCCAUGCAAACUUCAUCUUUAAAUAUGCAGCAGGAAGCGGUGAUUGGGAACUCUCAAGAGAGCGUCUUACUUUGUCUUUCCGUGUUGAGAAUCAAACCAUAAGGCGUACUUUGGAUUACUUGAGACAUCUAAAUCAAAACAACCUUAUCCUAUAA